CCCCCCUUGGGGAGGGGCUCCGGCGAACGCUUCUGGGCGUCUCCCUCGCAAUCCCUCCCCCCCCUCGCCCGCCCGCCCCUCCGGCCGCCUCUGCCGCCGCGCGCCGCAGCAGCGCCGCCUUCCCUGCGCAGUCGGUGUCUCUGCGUCGCCGGGUGGGACUCAGCGGCUAUGGGCAAGCAGAACAGCAAGCUGCGGCCGGAGAUGCUGCAGGACCUGCGGGAGAACACGGAGUUCUCGGAGCUGGAGCUGCAGGAGUGGUACAAGGGCUUCCUCAAGGACUGCCCCACGGGCAUCCUCAACGUGGACGAGUUCAAGAAGAUCUACGCCAACUUCUUCCCCUAUGGCGAUGCCUCCAAGUUCGCCGAGCACGUCUUCCGCACCUUCGACACCAACAGCGAUGGCACCAUCGACUUCCGGGAGUUCAUCAUCGCGCUGAGUGUGACCUCGCGCGGCCGCCUGGAGCAGAAGCUCAUGUGGGCCUUCAGCAUGUACGACCUGGACGGCAACGGCUACAUCAGCCGUGAGGAGAUGCUCGAGAUCGUGCAGGCCAUUUACAAGAUGGUUUCGUCCGUGAUGAAGAUGCCGGAGGACGAGUCAACCCCGGAGAAGAGGACGGAGAAAAUCUUCCGCCAAAUGGACACAAACAACGACGGCAAGCUGUCCCUGGAGGAGUUCAUCCGCGGGGCCAAAAGCGACCCGUCCAUCGUGCGCCUGCUGCAGUGCGACCCCAGCAGCGCCUCACAGUUCUGAGGGAGAGGAGCCAGUCCCCCUCCAUGCUGCCUUCACCGGCCCCCUCCCGGCUCUCAGCUUCUCCUCCUCUCGUGUCUGCCCGGGGCCAGGCUGGGGGCCAGGCUGGGGCCCCCCGGGGUGGGUCUACACUGUGGGGGACGUACGGAGAAGGGAAUCCUGUGGUUACCCCAAGGCCCAAGCAAGCAGACGGUUGGCGCCCCCUUAUGCAAGAGGCAAUAUCUCCCUCCCUAGUGAUUGAGACACAGGCUCUGGGCUGGUCUUCCCCUCAGUCAGCCCCCCACCUUCAUAUCAGGACUUCAGCCACUCCUCCCUCCCUCCCCUCCCACAGCCAGGAGGCCAGACCUCCCUCCUCCAACCACAGGACAGACUCCCCGCCCCUGGGUCCCACCCUGGGGGGCGGGGGGCGCAUGCUCAGGGGCGGAGCCUGUCGUUUGAUUUGGAGGUGAGGGAAACAUUUCAGGGGUGUGGGGGUUGAGGAAGAAGCUUCCUGGAGCUGCCCCUCCCUGAGCCCUUCCCACUCAGCUCUUGCUGGCCUGGAGGCCAUGAUGCAAAAGAAAAACCUCCCCGGAUUCCAGCCUCGCUGCCAUGGGGUCCAUGCCUCAUCCCCCAACCCCCCUUAAGUUCUUGGAUGAGUAGAGCCAGCUACACACAGACCCAUGGAUCCCUCUGUGUAUUUUGCAUCACACACACACACACACACACGUGGGCAGAUGCACCCAGAGCCCCACCCACAUGCCCCCGGGGGGAGGAAGUAUAGGGCCCCUGGCUGAGUGCCCCCUACCCCGCAUGCAUCCACAUGGAGCAUCUCUGUUCUUUUUAAUAACUUCGGAAUAAAGUCUCGUUUCAGUGCA